AUGAGAACUCAGCAGCUGACUAGAGACGCAGAGACCAUCAGGCUUAAGACUCUUAUCAUUGGGAAACAUGACCCCGAUGAUGUGGUGGGCCAGCUGGAGCAGCAAGUGCUGAGUACCAACUCUCUCAUCUCUCAGCAACAGGAAGAGAUUGGCAAGCUACACAGCAUCUGCCACACUCUGCAGAGGGAGUUGGAGAAAAGCUACUCAGCGCAGAAAAUGAUGCUGAAGCAGCAGGAAGAGAUGGAGGCCGAGUCAGCAGAACUGCAGGAGUUCCUGCAGGCAGAGAAGGCGGCCCUGGCUGAUACCUUGCGGGACCUGGAGAAUGAGUUGGCUGAAGCGAGAUUGAACGUGGCAGCCAAGGAGGCGGAGUUACAGAGGCAGCAGGAGGAGUGCUCCCACCUGGUCCGCAUCAGCGAGCAGAGGAGACAAGAGCAGCUGUCGCUGGAGGCACGGCUGGCAGGGAUGGAGCUGCGGAGCCGAGAGUCGCUACUACAGCAAGGAGCAGCUGUGUCUGGAGCCUCGGUCGCUCUGUCCAGGCUAGGCACUCGGCUUGACAACCUGGUGGAGGCGCUGGUCUCUACUUACAACAUCUCGGAACAUGACCUUGAGGAUGUGAUAUUCCACAACGAGGCAUAUAGCCAGAGCAGUAGCAGUCCCAGCAGCAGCGCCGACACCAGUCCUGAGCAUCAGCAUCAGAGCGCAACAGCUGGCUUCAUGUCUGCCGUGCUCAACGCUAUCCGCACAGCCACAUCAUCUCGGCUCCCCAACACUGAACCCUCAUCAGACGCUGAACCCAUGUUGUCUUCGGAACCGGAGCCUUCUGCGUUCGGCCACCGAGACGUCACCACAUCGUCUUCGCCACAGGACAUGGAGAAGCGGUAUUCCAUCACGUCCUUGGGAUCGCUGGAGGUGUCACCGUCCAAACAUAGCGAGUUUGAAAGUGAAGCCUGUGGUGGUCGGUUAGAGAACAGCGAGUCACUACACAACUUGUCGCUCGCUAUUCUUCGCAGACAGCAACUGGAAGCUGAGGAACCCAUGGCUCUUCCCCCCGUGCCGGCCCACACUCUUGUUGAUCAGGUUAUAGAGGUUGAUAACCUUGUUACUCGCCUGCUCAAGGUCAUCCGCAUAGUCCAACAAGCCAAUGAUAAUUCUGCACUUCAGGAAAGGAAAAAGCUGUCGGACUCGCUGACUGAGACGGAAGCCCAGAUGAUCAGCGGGGAGCAGCUGAUUGCCAAAUUGACCUGUGAAGUUCAGCAGCUCCGGGAUCAACUGCAGAUGGCUCAUUCGGCCGAGGUGACGGACAGGCUGUACGAGAAGGAGAAACAGCUGGGGAAGGCUUGUCUGUCCAAACAGCUGAUCACGGACAACUGGAGUCAGGCCAUGGACGAGGUGCGUCGCCAGUACCAGGCCAUUGAUUCUGCACUAGAGGUGCUUGCCAGUGUGCAGGGAGUCGUCCAGCAGAGUCCAGCGCUCGCUCAGCUCCAGAAGGACUUGGAGGAGGCGAACUUCCAGUGUGCGGCCAACCUGCCGAUGGUACCGUCUCCUGACCUUAAUGCCAACGGUCCUGUCAUAAAUGGAACCGCGUAACCCUACCGGUAUUCGGCAGUGACUCUUUCAGACCUUACCCUGCUCUGUCUGCUACUUUACAACGUACUCUCCCUCGUCUAUUCUCUUGUUUUGCUGAGAAUCAUUGAUUACUUACUCAGCUCAUUGUAACCAGUAACAAGAUGAACCGACUCGGACGUUCAGAGACAAACUGUUCGCUGAGAUGAUCCACCGGUUUGACUCCCUCAGUUGGUUUAUCACUUCUGAAUAAUUUAUGAUACAACUAAUGCUGUGUAUGAAGGAUACUUUGAGGAUAGCAAUUGUUGAGUUAAUAAAAUCCUCUCUUUCGAUUGUAUCCACAGAUAUUAUUUAAGUAACAAAGAGUAGCGGAUUACACUCGUAGACAGUCCAUAAUUUCUCACAUCACAAUUUCUUUACUAAAAUGUACUAAUUAGAGACAAGUUGGUAUAGAAUGGUAGUUUGCUGUCUGUAAUUUACUAUUUUCUUCUGAUUUCAGACAUGCUUGGAUCCCUUUUAAUUAGUCAGCAUGAUACAAUAGUUUGUACACGAUUAUCGAAGUUCCUAACACGACCAUGCAUAAUUAUCAGUACAUUCCACUCAAAUUUAAUUUCAUUACGCGUUUACAAAUAUUCUGUUCAAGAAUCUUCUUUCAGUUUAAAUUUUUUUUGAACAAGCUCUUGGUUGCUCUAAUAUGUCCUGCAGUACUAGUGGUAAUAAAAUGUUGUAUAAUGCCCUUAACGAAAGCAUGUUGCAUUUCAGUUUAAUUCUAACCUGCCCUCCUUCUAAGUUACAUCACCCAAGUUAAACAUUAAUUACUAAAGUUGUAUAGUCACUUAAAAGUUUUGUCCUUUAGACAAUUUUUGGCUGAGCAAAACAACAAAACAAGAGUUUCACAAAAAACAUUUUCAAAGAGAGAGAAAAGAGUUUCACAAAACAAAAGUUGGUGACAAAAAUAAAGUAAAACAACAUGAUUGUAUUAAAUAUUUAUUCUCAGUAACUAAUUCAAAAGGAGUUAUAAAAUAGUUGAUAGAAAUCACUACCACAUUUCAAACACAUUGCACAUGACAUGAUUGUAAGCAAUAUAAAGUACAGAAUAUAGGAAGCAAUAUUGUGUCCAGCAGAUGAAAUGUAUCAAGUAUUAUAGUCUACAUUUCGGUGGUAGUUUUUUAACAGUUAAAAUAGGGGAAAACAGAACUGUAUGUAGAACUGAAGGCAAAUUAGAUUUACCUGUGCUGUUGCCAAUGGGUUCUUUUGCAAACAUUUUAAUUUACACUUGUGCAACAAACUAGUGAGAAAAAUCAUUGUCUAAAGUAAAUAACACAAUAUUUACGUGGUUGAAUAUUAAUAACCCAGAAUUGUUACUCUUAAAGGAAGCCUUUUCCAAUAGUACUAAUUUUAUAUGUGAAUCCUGUGUCUUUAUCGUGUUAAUCAAACCAUGUCCAUUAGACGGUUCUUGUAAUCAAACUAUUAAACGGUUAAUGGUUUAAAGAACAUUAAGCAUGAAUAUAUUUUAGAAAAUCUGGCUUAUUUUUAUAAAAAUAAUAUUCUUAUAUGUCUGGAACAUUGGUUGUUUGUUGUUAUUGCAGUUAUUCCUAUAAGUGCAUUUUAUUGAUUAAUAAUAAAAGUUGUGCAUGAUGGUUUAGUUAUUAGUAAUUUUUUAUAUAAAUUUGUUGAUCAAAUUUAUAAAAUAUUAACUUUUACAUUUUUGUUCUAAUUUAAUUUGUAAUUUUUGUAAAAAAAGAUUUUUAUAAUUUAGCUCUCAAAAAUGUAUUUAUUAUUUUAUUAUAUUUAGAAUUCCCAUUCUUUUUUUAUACUAUUGUAAUUUUUUUACUUCAACCAACUUAAAGUUUCUAUCACUGUAAUAAGCCUAAUUAAUCGUUGUUAAGUAGGUACGUCUAAUAAUAACAUUAGGAUAAUAAGCUUUAAUAUAACAUGUGAAACAGUUAUUUGAAAUAAAUACCAAUAGUUAUAUUAAUUGAUUAAUUAUAAUUUUUAUAGUCUAUAGUAUUUAAUGGUUUCUACCCCAUAGAUUAUGGCCUCAGCAAAAUUACAUUGUAGGAAAUACAACAAAUUGAUGUAAUAUUUAUGUAUUGAAAUUUAUUAAAAGGUAAAUCAGUUAUUUUUAUAAUUUUAAGAAGUUUUACCUGAAAUUUGAUUUGUGUAGCAUUUAUUGUAAUUUUAUAUUUGAAUUACUUAAACAUAAUGCAUGUAAUACUAUCAGUAUUUUGAAACUUUUA